UGUAAAUGUAGUAAUAUGGUUUUAUGAUCAUUAAUAACUGAUUUAAAUGCACUUUUUUGACUAAUCUAAUGUCAAGGAAAAUUUGUUUUUGAUGGGCAACACGGUCGCAUUUAUAUCAAUUACAUCGACAGUUUUGGCGGAUUUUUAUUUGUCAAAUCGAUGGUUAGGUUAGAUUGACUGGCUCUGUACGGUUUGUUCUAUGAAUAUUAUGUUGGGCAGUCCUUCAAAUAACGGCGGUAUUAGAAUGCUGGCUCCCCCUGCACCGAAUGACGACAGGCGGGUUGAGUUUGUCGCGCUCACGGCUGUUCAGACUGAGAGAAGCGAGCCAUCCACGCCGGAACGGGGUCAUCCCUCUCGUCGUACUGGGCUACUCGGCACCCCGUUGCCCGCGCCUCCAGGACCAAGAGCAAGCGCCUCAGCUGCCAGCAAACGCUACAGGAAGUUCCAGACCUGCUUGUACAACGUUUUGGAAAGACCGAGAGGAUGCGCAUUCAUUUACCACGCGUUCAUUUUUCUCCUGGUGUUCAGCUGUCUGGUGCUCUCUGUCUUUUCCACCAUUCCCACUCAUCAGGAAUUUGCCAACGAGGCUCUCUUCAUCCUGGAGUUCGUCAUGAUCGUCGUGUUUGGGCUGGAGUACUUUGUGAGGGUCUGGGCAGCUGGCUGCAGCUGCCGCUACAGAGGAUGGCAGGGUCGCCUUCGCUUCGCCAGAAAACCCUUCUGUGUGAUAGACUUAAUAGUGUUUGUGGCGUCACUGGCCGUAAUCGCAGCAGGCACACAGGGGAACAUCUUCGCCACGUCUGCUCUACGCAGCAUGCGCUUCCUGCAGAUCCUGCGCAUGGUGCGCAUGGACCGACGUGGAGGGACCUGGAAACUGCUGGGUUCUGUAGUGUAUGCUCACAGCAAGGAGCUUAUAACAGCCUGGUACAUUGGCUUCCUGGUACUUAUUUUUGCCUCAUUUUUGGUGUAUUUGGCUGAAAAAGAUGUCAACCCAGAGUUCACUACCUAUGCAGACUCCCUCUGGUGGGGAACUAUAACCCUAACUACUAUCGGUUAUGGGGACAAGACUCCACACACCUGGCUGGGUCGGCUUUUAGCAGCAGGCUUUGCAUUGCUGGGCGUGUCUUUUUUUGCUCUGCCUGCAGGGAUUCUAGGUUCAGGCUUUGCCCUGAAGGUCCAGGAACAGCACAGACAGAAACACUUUGAGAAGAGGAGGACACCUGCAGCCAACCUCAUACAGGCUGCAUGGCGUCUCUACUCUACGGAUGCUCAGCGUUCAUACCUGACAGCUACCUGGUACUUUUAUGACAGUAUGCUCCCGUCUUUCAGUGGGAAGACUGGUUUUCGUGAUCGCAUUAGGAUGAACAAUUCGCGCUCCGCACAGGCAGUGCGGAGUAAGGCUUCCUCCCCUCUGUCCCCCGAAAGCGCGCAGCACUCCCCAAGCACAGAGAACAUCCCUGAAGCCACCAGCCCCGGCAAGGUGCAGAAGAGCUGGAGCUUCAAUGAUCGAACGCGCUUCCGCACUUCGCUCCGGCUGAAGUCACGGCCACCCACAGAGGAGGGAGUUGGGGAAGAGGUCACAGAGGACAAGUCAUACUGUGAUGUUGCUAUGGAAGAUGUCAUACCACCAGUGAAGACUCUGAUUCGAGCAGUUAGGAUCCUAAAAUUCCUGGUAGCCAAACGGAAAUUCAAAGAAACACUGCGACCAUACGAUGUAAAGGAUGUAAUUGAGCAGUAUUCAGCUGGACACUUAGACAUGCUUGGCAGAAUCAAGAGCCUGCAGACAAGGGUAGAUCAGAUUGUUGGCCGUGGAGCUGUUCAACCUGAUAGGAAGAUGAGGACAGAUAAAGGUGAAAAGACUCCUCCAGAACUGGAUCCAAUGGAUGAGCUAAGCAUGAUGGGACGUGUAGUUAAGGUGGAGAAACAGGUGCAGUCCAUUGAGAACAAGCUGGACAUGCUGCUGAACUUCUAUUCUCAGUGCCUAAAAAAGGGCUCGUCCCAAUUCACCAUGUCCUCCUUGCUGGAGCCUGACCUCACCUCUGACUACCAUAGCCCCAUAGACCACCAAGAGCUCUUCCCCUCUGCCAAUAUGCUCAACAUCUCCCAUUCAGACAGUGGCAACAUGGACUGAGCCAAGGGAGUGAGCAGUAGGACCACGAACAUCCAGGAGAAGCAACCAUGAUCGCAGCUGUAGUGCCCAUAGCCAGGAGCUCAAUGUCACACAUGACAAAAGCUCUUCUCAUCUUCUCACAGACCCUUCCUACUGCUUCAGCCAUCACCACAUUCUCACAUACGUUUGCCUACCUCUACUAAACUACUACUGGUGA